UGAGCGCUGACAACUCCUGCAUAUCUGGGUUAAAAACAUAGUGAUAGUUAUCAAGUGCAGUCUUGAUCUAGUUUAGAUGUUUGAGCAUGUUACAGAUAAAUAUACAAUGUAUAUUGGACAUCAUCAGAACUUCAACACAAUCAAGUUUUGCCGCCUCGAUAGCAGGAUAUACGUCAUGUACAUUCGUGCAUACAGGCAGCUCGGCUAAAUUGGAUGUGACGGAUAGUGCAUGUGAUAAGUGAUCCAUUUUUGUGGUGACGCACACAUUUUAGUCAGGUUAUCUGAACUUCAUUCCAAUUUGUCUUCUCGGUUCAGGAUUUAAGAUGUCAGCUAGUCCAACAACAAGAUGCUUUCUGGCCAAGUUUGCGGUACUGACCAUCGUGACUCUUGGAGUCAGUCUGUUCAUGCUACACUCAUACAGACACAACAUCUAUACCACAGUGUGUCAAGAGGAGAAAGCUACUAGUACUAGUACAGUUACUGGUACAUUAAAAAAGGCGGCAGAGAAACAGCCAGGCAAGCUCGAGUAUCCACGGCUUUAUGAGUUGCCACCAUGUAGCAAAUCGAAGAACCACUCAGUUCCAGCAUUAGUAUGUAAAAACCUAGAUUCCAGAAUGGAUGAAAGAAAAUACAGACAGACUUAUCUUCGUUUAUUGGAUUAUUUUGACAGAAUGGCGACCAAACACAAAUGGACCUACUUCAUGACUUUUGGGACACUUUUGGGGUCAUGGCGUCAUCAUGAUGUCAUACCUUGGGACCAAGACAUGGAUCUCAUGGUAGAGUAUAAGGAUAGAAUUGAUAUUGUUGAUAAAAUAGACCAACAGGAGCGUUUUGUUCCAAGGCAAUGCACACAUCAUAAAAUCCGGCUCCAUGACCGGGAUCACAUAACUGGGACAGUAUAUGUGGAGGACGUUGGUAGGUGGUACACUCCGUCCAUAGACAUGUUCUUUUUCGUCCGCAACGCAACGCACAUUCGGCGCUCAGAUUAUCCAACCUGGUACGUGUCAAAAAUUGACGAAAUAUUUCCCCUCCACAGGCGCCCCUUGGGGCCCCUCAUGCUGCAGGCCCCAAGGGAUGUUCUAAAGAUGUUGGUGACCCACUACAAAGCUACGGAUGUAUGUGGUAUGUAUGGUAAUCCAAAGUGCAAAGAUUUCGAAAAAUACGUUCCUUUCGUUCAUCGUGAAUUGCAGAAAGGGAAAAUGAAGGAAACUCUAAUUUUGAAUAACAAGGUCUUGCAGGUGAAGGAGAUAGAUGAAAUGAAAGAGAACUUGCCAUUCAACGCAUAUACCCUAGCUACGAAACGCUUCCCAGGGAAAUAAACAGUGUUUUGAGAGUUGCAUUAUGGACUCAUAUUUGGGCACAAUUAUGCAAGUAUUAUGUCUAUCGUACUGUAUCAAUUUCGAAAGUUGAUUUUUUUAACUUGGUCAUUACUUCGUUUUUCUAUGUUCCCGAUGUUCUAUGUUCCUCCAAUACGACAAAAUACUAAACUAUGCCUUAUACUUUUUAGGCCGGGUCUAUUUGGCAAGCCGCUCGCCGAACAGGCAUCUUUUUUUGUCCUGUUUGGAGAGCCGCUUGCCAAACAGCACUAAAAAGCCACCCUGUUCGACAAGCCGGGCUUGCCAAACAGGGCAAAAAUACUACCCUCUUUGGCGAGCCGGAGAGGUAACAACAUGUUGGCCAAUCAGAGAGCAGUGACGUCAUAUUCGAAUUUAUAUGCGCAUAUUUAACAAUGGCCGACUUCCCGCUCUCGAUUUAAUUUUUGUUACUAAACUCGGGUUUUGGUCAAUAAUCCAUGAAGAAGCAUGUACAUGUACAUGACUGUAUGGAUUUACAAAAAAGUCAUAAACGUGAUUUAACUGAUAAGCAUGUUAAAUGCAUUAGUGUGCAUUCCUAAAGGCGUUUCACUGUAACUCCAGUGCUGCUGACCGUGUUGCCACGAAUGAUAAUGAGCUCCUGGAUGGUUGAAUAUGCAUGAGUUCGGCUCUCCAUCUAGGGCAGAAAAAAGGCGCUGUUUGGUGAGCCGGGCUUGCCAAAUAGUCACUUCCUACUUUUUAAACAGAUAACUGCUUUUGAAAAAGCUGGCUCGGGCGAUGUUAGACUUUGGUUUCAGAUCGAUAUUAUAAUUGUUUUAGCUUUUUAGUAUUAUACAGGGUGGUCCAGAAAAAACGCAACCUGAUACUGCCACUACCAUUAAUAUCAGUGGAUGGGGAAUCUUUCUAGGAGGGGAAUGAUACCAAGAUCGCCCGAUUUGGUUCAGUUUUGUUUUCGAGCCUAUUUUGUGAAGCACAGACAGGCUUCAUUCGCGCUUAGGAAAAAUCGAACUGUGUCGGUAAAUUCAACUUAGUAAGUAGGUGGAUUAAAUGUUAGGUCAUACUACUGAAAAGAGAUAAUGUCGACAAGGUUCCGAGUGACCAUUUGCAACUGAGUAAUGGUGGCGUGGUCGCAGCACACCACCGAGAUGUUUGUAACCUACAACAGAAGCGUUCUGUUUUUCUGCAUUAAACCUGACCAAGGAACUCCAAUCUGGCUUCACAAAAUCUGCUGAAGAGAAUCGGUCGAUUGUGCUAUCAAUCUUGUUCUAAAAAGAUUCCCCAUCCCCUUGUGUCAAUGGUUUUAACCCCCUGGUAGUGGAAGUAUCCGAUUGUGUUUUUCUGGACCACCCUGUACAGGGGCAGCAGUAGAGCGAAGGAAGAGAGUCGGCCUCAUGAUCAGGAGGUCGUGGGUCCGACUCCCGGCCGAGUCACUGCUUAGUUCCCCUACUGGUCGAGAGCAAGUGAGCGCCUUCUUGUUGCUCCUUGAAACCCCUGAUUGAUUUCGGUGAUUGUGAUAUCCCACAGCGCUUUAACAGUUUCAUUGCUGAGGAGAGCUAUAUAACUCCGUGAUAUUAUUAUUAUCAUUUUAUAUCAUCAUUAUGAGUAUUUUACUCUCCAUACUUCAAUCAUUCCUUUUUCUGUCACGGAGUAUCUGUUUAUUUGUUUCAAAAAAAGGAAACUAAUUAAAGUGUCAAUUACCUCUA